AUGCCAAGAUUCAAUGAGGAACAAAUGGGUUCUUUCAUCCAGGCCUUUUCAAAUUUUGAUGAACAUGCCGAUGGUUCAGUGGAUGUUAGAAAAAUUGGUGAAUUAUUAAAUCUUGUAAAUUUAAAACCUUCGGAAGAGGAAAUUCAACAUUAUAUGCACAAGAUUGGAGAAAAUAACAAGGAUUUGAUUCAAAAAACAAGAAUUGAUCAAACCAUCGAGGAAAUUGAAGAAUUGGAACAAGAAUCGGAAAAGAUUAUUAGAAUGGGAUUUGUAGAUUUUUUGAAAGUUUUGGAAGAUUUUAAAGAAAGACACCCAGAGCAAUUUCAACAAUAA